AUGCGCUGUUAUAUCUUUGGUCUCCCAUAUUGGAUCGAAAGUUAUAUACGCAUUGUGAAAUUUGCCAAUCUUGAUCACAAAUAUUUUUCUAAAUACAAUAUUAUUCACCACAAUGUUCAGCUAAAGUGCUUAGCUGGUUGGAAAUGGGUUUAAUGACCGAGGAUGGAUGGUAACAAUACCAUAAACUUCUAAAUUACCACUUGGAGGCUUGGGCAGCAUGCAGAGGGGUGAUCAAAAUGGGAAAAAUGACUUGGACCAACAGAAAACAACUCCGACAGGAAGAGAAGGUGUGGUGGUCUCGGUCAUUCCUCAAGCCUCUGUUCUCCAGGCAGGAACAGUGCAACAAUAUGCAAUUACAGGGCAACAACUACAAGCUCUAACUGGACAUUCACAAAACACCAUUGGUGUGGUUCAAAGUAUAGGAGGAAAUACAACUAGUUUUACUUUACAACCACAGCUUGGCCAAAAUUCCACCGUUCAGCCUCCAACUUCUGUUCUGACCUCCACUCCCACAGUAACAAGAUUAGUGGCCCCUGUACAAACUUUAAUCUCUACAGGUCAAGCUGCUAAUCUUUCUGACAUCAAUGUACUACAACAACAAUUAUCUUCCUCUAAUAUUGUGAAUGUGUCGACAAUCAGUCCUCAGACAUUCCAUCAACAACCUUUACAAACCGCAACCGUUCAUGUUGUUUCUGGAACCGUUGUCUCUCCACAAGUAGAACAGCGACAAAGAAACAUUACGUCGUCUACAAGUAGUGUCAGCCCAUCUGGGGGCACCAUCCACCACCAUGGUCAAAGCCCUACGAGGGGUGGGCAACCACCCCUGUCCAACCUUCAGCAAAACCGACUCAGUAUGAGCAUAAACCAGCAAGCACAGCAGUUAGCUCAGAGGCGGUCUAGUCAGACUAGCCCUGGUUCACAGGGUACACCUGUAUCCAAUAGGACCGUGAUAGACACCAGGCAACUUAUGGCUCAUCCUAUUGGAACACUGACCUCCCCAUCUUCCCGAGUUAUUACAACGCAAUCAGGUCAGCCACCGAGAAAGAAAAUGAAACUAGAGGAGAAACCACCUGCGACGCCCGAUAUAGGACGCAGCAGGAGACUAAUUCUAGAUCAACAUUAUAAAGCUCUCAGUGAAAUUAAAGAAAGUUGCAUUGAGAACUUAACUGAGUUAUUUUUCUUACAAAAUUCUGGUAAUAUGAUGGACUUUCAUGCCUGGAAAAAAAGACCAACACCUCAGUUGGUUCAGUUUUUAAAAUCUAGUAAUUUUGAUAGUGAUGAAGAAGAGGAACAUCUACAAGAAAAGAGAAUCAACGAUGAAGUGAAAGUGCUAACAAGUGCAGGCAGUAAUGUUCCAUUGGCGACACCUGUUGCCAUUUCUACGACAUUGCCACCCUGUGUAUCUGCCUUGAGUCAACAAGGUAUUAAAGUAUUGCAAGCCCCUUUCCUCAACACUAACACGCUCCCUAGUAGUUCGGACCAUCGUAACCCCAACAUUCAGGACUUCCUCAAGCAACUAUCUGCAUAUGCAAAGGGUUCCGAUAGCAAGUUGUCUAAAAGUGGACAGUCUUCAGGUAGUCGAUCACCAGGUGUAGCCUCAGGUUUACCUGUUCAGCCGACGGCAGUAGGGGAAUUAACGACGACUGUAGAUGUAUCCUUGCCUGUACCUGGUUCUGUUAUCUUGUCGACAACUUCAGCUACACCCACAACCAAUUCAACUCAAUUACAGAUUCACCUCAGUAAAAAUGUCUCACAACCACUCUCAAUUAAGACAACACAGUCUCUAAAAACUCCUUUAUCUUCUCCUGGGCUUGGUACAGGUACAACAGUUAAAAUUCAAAAAUCUCCUCCCUUAUCACCAAGGCAGCACACUCGUCAACAAUCCAUAUCGGCUGUGUAUGACAGUUCUAUAGGUUCACAAGAAGCUAUUGUUGAACGAGCUAAACAGGAAGCACAGGUAAUGCAAAGAGUUGCAGAGAUGAGAAAAGAGGGUAUGUGGUCAUCUCGAAGGUUACCUAAAGUUCAUGAACCUCCGCGUAAUAAAGCUCAUUGGGAUUAUUUAUUAGAAGAAAUGCAGUGGCUGGCCACAGAUUUUGUUCAGGAAAGAAAAUGGAAAAAAGCAGCUUGUAGGAAGAUCGCCAGAAUGGUAGCAAAAUAUCACCAAGAAUUGGAACAAAAAGAAGUAAGAGCAGAAAAGGAAGAAGCACAAAAGCUGAAAAGAACUGCUACACAGAUGGCAAAAAUAGUAAAAGAAUUUUGGUCGAAUAUAGAAAAAGUGGUGCAAUAUAAACAACAAUCUCGUAUGGAGGAGAGAAAGAAAAAAGCUUUAGAUGUUCAUCUUAAUUUUAUUGUUGAUCAAACAGAGAAAUAUUCUUCAUGGUUAACCGAAACUUUACAUACUGGUAGUAGUGUAGGGCCUUCAUCUGUUAAUGGUUCUAUAUCAUCACCAGCACAAUCUAGUGAAGGCGAUUUUGAGUUUGAACCUGUAGGAACAGCAUCUGAUGAUGAAGAAACAAUAGAGAAAGAAGAGAAUGAAUCGGGUAUUGAUGAUGAAUCAACUAAAAAAGAAUUAGAAGAAUUACAGAAAGAAAGUGAAUUACCAAUUGAAGAUUUAUUAAAAACAUUACCAAAUGAAGUUUUAAAUCAGCCUGCUGCUUUACCAAAAUCAGAUUCUAGUUCUGAAGAGGAGAAGGGUAGUGAUGAUGAAUUCAAAGCUAAUCAAGAUGAUGCAGAUCUAGAAGAUACCAUAGAUGAACAGGAAAAACAUGAAAAAGAUAAUCAAAAAGAAUUAGAUGAACUACAAGCUGAAGGUGAGAUGUCUAUGGAAGAUUUAGUUAAGAAAUAUGCUGGAGCAUAUGACAGUGAUUUUGAGAUGCCAGAAAGUGAAGAGGAAAGUACAGAAGAUGAGGAAUCCGAAGAAAGUGCUAAAGAAUCAUCAUCAGAAGAAGAAGAGGAGGAGGAGGAGGAGGAGGAGGAAGAAGACGAUGAGGAUGAUGAUGAAAAACAAGACAUUGAUGUUGGUCUUGAUUUCUUGUUAAAACCACAAGAAGAAACAGACACUUCUAAACAGGUUGAAGUAAAAGUAGAAGAAAAACUUGAAACUGGUCCUGGUAAAGAAAUAACAGAUAUAGCUGCUGAAGCUCUUAGUUUACAACCAAAAGGUUAUACUCUGGAAACAACAGAGGUUAAAACAGUCGUACCAUUCUUAUUAAAACAUACGUUACGAGAGUAUCAACAUGUUGGAUUAGAUUGGUUAGCUACCAUGUAUUCUAAACGAUUAAAUGGUAUAUUAGCCGAUGAAAUGGGUUUAGGUAAAACUAUACAGACCAUAUCAGUAUUGGCUCAUCUUGCCUGUGAAAAAGGUGUAUGGGGCCCACAUCUUAUUGUUGUUCCUACUAGUGUCAUGUUAAAUUGGGAAAUAGAAUUAAAAAAAUGGUGCCCUGCUUUCAAAAUUCUCACAUAUUACGGUAGUCAGAAGGAAAGAAAAUUAAAAAGACAGGGCUGGACAAAGACAAAUGCAUUCCAUGUCUGUAUAACUUCAUAUAAACUGGUUAUCCAAGAUCAUGCAGCUUUCCGACGGAAAAAAUGGAAGUACUUGAUACUUGAUGAGGCACAAAAUAUCAAGAAUUUCAAAUCUCAGCGGUGGCAAAUGUUAUUAAAUUUUCAAAGUCAGCGACGACUUCUACUUACGGGUACACCUCUCCAGAAUAGUUUGAUGGAGUUAUGGUCUUUAAUGCAUUUCCUUAUGCCACAUGUUUUUCAAUCACAUAAAGAAUUUAAGGAAUGGUUUGCUAAUCCAUUGACUGGAAUGGUGGAAGGUAGUCAAGAUUAUAAUGAUAGUCUUGUUAAACGAUUACAUAAGGUACUACGUCCAUUUUUAUUACGAAGAUUAAAAGAUGAUGUAGAGAAACAAAUGCCAAAGAAAUAUGAGCAUGUUGUGAUGUGUAAAUUAUCUAAAAGACAACGUUACCUCUAUGAUGAAUUUAUGGGACAAACAAAAACGAGAGAUACAUUACAUUCUGGAGAUUUUCUGAGUGUAAUAAAUGUUUUAAUGCAGCUACGUAAGGUUUGUAAUCAUCCAAAUCUGUUUGAUCCAAGGCCAAUAGUCUCACCUUUUCAAAUGGAGGGUAUUGUAUAUACUACGGCAUCAAUGGUACUUAAAGCUCUACAAUAUGAUCCUUUUAAGGAUAUUGAUGUCCGCUGUCUAUACCCAAGUUUGGUUGAAAUGGAAUUAAAUCUUCCUGCUUUUGUUGCUCAUCAUGUUCGAAAUCUUCAGACUCCGGGUAAACUCAUAGAAGAAAUAGAUGAUUAUGUAGAUCCUACGCCAAAGCUGAAACCCGGUCGAUUAAAAAAUCUGAAUUUUAGAAGUGCUUCUCCAGCAGUAAUACAACCCGGUCGUGCUUCACCAUUAGUUGUGACAAAUCAACAACGUUCAGCUUCACCUCUUACAUUUGUAAGAUUAGCUACACCUACCUCUAGAAGUGAUACACCACCAAUAACAUUAGCUAGACCCACACCAAUAUCGCAGCCAUUAAAAGUGAAUAUUGUGAGUCAGCCAUCUUUGAUUGGUGUAACAGGUGGGAGUAAACUGUCUCUGUUAUCAUCGUCCUCAUCUACAUUAUCUACAACCACCUCUAGUCCUUCUACUACUAGACUUCUACCACAACAAAUACAAGGUUUAUUACAUACAUCUGGUUCGUCUAAUAUGCCAUCACAACCUAUAACUGUACAAAUACAACAAACAGAACAAGGUACAAGGUUAAUGAUACCAACCAGUCAGUUUUCACAAUUACCAGCUGGGUUAAUCCAAAUUGUUCAAACAGGUCAACAACUGAUAGCUACAACUAGUUCAGCUAGUACAUUAGUUCAACCUGUAGCUCCUAUACAGAUAGCAUCUACACAAGGUAAAAUGGUGAUAGUAUCAACAGCCAGUGUAUCAACAAUAAAUACCUCUGUUGCCCCUAUAACAACUCCAGUUAUAACUCAAGUUAAAACUACACCAGUACAAUUACCAUCUGGUUCAAUUGUUGCUGGUCAAAAACCUGUGAUGCGUGUUACUCCGCUUUCUACUACUGAUCUAACUACAACUACAUCAUCUAAUAGAAAUUUAUCUUCAUUAUCUACAGUUACUGCUGCACAGGCUGCAAAUGCUAUAGCUGCUGUUAAGACAAGUGAAUCAAACACUGCUAACACUACUACUACUACUCCUGUAGUUGUUGCAAAGCGUAGACCAAGUAAACCUCCUCCACAAUCUGAAUUACAUCUAAAAAUGUUGAAAGAAAAAAGAGAAAAACAUAGAAAAGCUAAAUUAGAAUUAAUAGCUAAAAUAAACAAACGACACUGUGAUGUUAAACCUGUUUAUGGACAUGAUUUAUGUGAAGUUGUGAAUAUUUGGAAUGAUCUUGGUGUUACUAGCGUGAACAAUAAUACGUGGCAUGGUCUAGGUUCCGUUCAUUGCCACAACGCAACACAAAAUAAUCAAAACAAUCAACAUUAUUGGGAAAAAACUAGUGCUUUAUCAAAUAUGGUCCAUACUCCAGAACAGUAUUUGGAUGAACUUAAGGAGAUUUUAGAUCGUUACGUGUUUGUGACACCGUCAGUUACAGUGCCUUCUAUACAGCUACACGUAUCCCAUCCUCCACCAUCUUAUCUCGUGGAACAACAAUAUAGAAAUUAUACUUUAAAGAAAGAACUUUCCUCUUUAUCAACAUGUCUUCAUACUAUAUCUUCUAAAAUGCAAGUCAUGUUCCCAGAAUUACGUCUUAUACAGUACGAUUGUGGGAAACUUCAAACAUUAGAUAGGUUGCUAGCUAAAUUAAAAUCGGGUAGUCAUAGGGUGCUUAUAUUUACUCAGAUGACAAAGAUGUUGGAUGUUUUAGAAGCAUUCCUUAAUUAUCAUGGUCAUCGAUAUCUUAGAUUAGAUGGUACUACCAGAGUUGAGCAAAGACAAGUAUUAAUGGAUCGGUUUAAUGGUGAUAAACGUAUAUUUUGUUUUAUUCUGUCAACACGAUCGGGUGGUAUAGGUGUCAAUUUGACAGGUGCUGAUACUGUUAUAUUUUAUGAUAGUGACUGGAAUCCUACCAUGGAUGCCCAGGCUCAGGACAGAUGUCAUCGUAUUGGUCAAACACGAGAUGUCCAUAUUUAUAGGUUAAUAAGUGAUAAAACAAUAGAAGAAAAUAUUCUGAAGAAAGCGAAUCAGAAGAGAUUAUUGGGUGAUUUAGCAAUAGAAGGUGGUAACUUUACAACAGCUUUCUUUAAACAGCAAACUCUAAAAGAAUUAUUUGAGGAACCAUCAGGGUUGGAAAGUUUGGCGGAAGAAAAGGCUAAGGCUAAAGAAGCAAUAGAAAAAGUUCGAGAAGUAUCAACAUCAGCUCAUAAUAAACCAGAAGCCAAUAUUAAGGAUGCUAAUAUGUUGAAACAGUUUGAAAUGGCUUUGUGUAAGGCUGAAGAUGAAACUGAUGUUAUUGCUGCUAAACAAGUACAAGCUGAACAGAAAGCUGAAUUAGCUGAGUUUGAUGAGUCGAUUCCCUGGGAUGAAAAGGAGUCUGAAAAUAGAAAGGAAGAAGAUGAAGUAUCUAAAGUAGAAUUAGAGUUAGCCCAGCUUGAGAAAGAGUUAUCACCAAUAGAAAGAUAUGCUGUGGGUUAUGUGGAAGCUGAAAUGGAACCUGAAGAAGAUUCAUUUGAUGAGGAGGAUAUAGAGAAUUCUAAGAAAGAAUGGGAGUUAGCAAGACUGAAAGCAUUGAAAGAGGAAGAAGAAAGAAGAGCUGAACUGGAAGAAGAUGAAAUGCUGUACACAUACUCAAUGGAGGAUUCACAUAAUCAGAUGUUUAUAUCAGAUGUUGAUGAAGAAAUUAUGCCUCUAUGGGCACCACCAACCCCACCACAAGAUGAUAAUGAUGUUUAUAUAGAUCAGAGUUUAUUGUUUCUAUAUGAACCUAACGUAAUGCCUGAAUCUCAAUUACCUCCAGUACAUAUACGUAAAGAACAUAAAAAACCAAGAAUUGAAACAGUUACAACUCGUAAACAGAAGCAACGUAAGGAAGAACCUCCUCGUGUUCCUAGGUCAUUGUUUGACCGUCCUACAGCUAUCCAACAGAAACUGAGACGUGAAGCCAAGAUGCAAAAACUGAAAGGAUUAGUUAAACCAUUCCGUCCAACAGCACCAUUAAUGCCAAAUAAAACUGUGAUGGAGCCUCCAGAUCAAGAUAUACCAGAAUGGUUGAUAAAUGAAGAUUGGUCACUAUUACAGUCUGUUCAAUCGUUGCUGAAUCUACCAUUAAAUCUACAAGUUGUCUCCCCUGCUGUAACUAUUAACUGGGAUCUGGUAGCAGACGUGGUUAAUAGUGGAAGUCGUGUUUAUAGAACACCCAAGAUGUGUAAAUACCAGUAUGAGAACGUUAUUAUACCACGAGAAGAGGGAAGAAUUCUAUAUGAUGUUAGUCCCAGAAAACAGAAGAAAAACAAAGGAUUGUAUAAGGCAUCAUUUCAGAGUAAGAAUAACCGACCAAUGCGAACCAGUAAUCUCUUCCUACAGAAAGGUAACGCAGACAUCAAAAUGUUAUAUUCAUCAAGAUUUGAUUUGGUUAAAGCUGUAUCCAACAAACGAACACCAACUCUCAAACAGACCCUUGCAAAUCCUACUCUUAGAAAUCCUAAACAUGCUGCUGUUCUGGAAGAAAAUGGAAUCACUUACGACCAACCAUUGAAUCCUCUACAAGUAGCUACCAAUAGAGCUGAAAGAAUUGCCAGAGAAAAGAAACAGUCGCAGGCCGCAGCACAGGUAAAGCAGGCAGCUGAACAGUUAGCAGCUAGAACACAAGCUGCCGCAGCAGCAGCAGCGCAAGCUGCAAAUGCUACAGUAGGUGCUGCUGUGUCUGCUCCAACUAUUGCCCAGGCUGUACAAGCACAACAAUUACAACCUUUAGUUACUGGAGCAACAACAGUCAUGCAAUCUGGAGCUGUACAGAAGUUAGGACAGAAUGUGACGGCUGUAUCUAUAGCUCGUACUAUUAGUGGUACAGGAAAUAUUAUAGUCAACACUCCUAUAACAUCCAACUUUGCUACUAUUAAUAAAACUAUCAGUCGUGCUGUAACUGUUUCUCAACCUACCUCUAUAGCUGUAACAAGUACCCAGAAUGUCCGAGCAGCUAGACCAGCAGGCACUCCGAUAGAAUUAACAGCCAUCGCUACACCCCAGACAGCACAGGUAACAGGUCAGACACGAGCUACACUACAAACUGGUGCUACCACUACACUAACACCACAGCGUAUUGCAACAUUUACAGGUCUGCCUACUACAGUACAACAACAGUUAGCGAUUGCUAAAAACCUGUCACCCCAGCAGAUAAAUAUGCUACGUCAACAAUCUAUAGUUAGACAACAGACACCCCAAUUACGCCAGCAGAAGUACAGCCUUGCAGUAAGUACCGACCAAAUACGACAACCAAUAAAGCGUCUGCCAACACCAUUACCAGGACAAAAGGUCAUUACAACUCUACAAAUGGUACAAGGCCAGAAACCAGGUUUGAUUAAUUCUGAUCAAAUUAAACAGAUACAACGUCAACAGCAACAACAGCAGCAGCAGAGAUUACUACAACAGAAAGCACAGGGUACUGUGGGAAGUCAGGGGCAGAUAACUGUGCAAGGUACCACAACUCAGAUUCCUACAGCCCAGAUAAUAGCUCAGGCUCAGGUUCAACAAGUUGGUGUUACACCAGGAACAUCCCAGACUCCUGUAGUAACACUUGUUAAAUCAACUUCACAGUCUAGUCCAGUUAAUAUCAGUGUGAAUGUAGGACAGCAAAAACACAUUCUUACUACCCGUGCGGCUCCUUUUAAUGCACAACAAAAAAUGAUUCUAACACAGAAGAGAACGCUUCAACAACAUCCACAAAAAGGAACUACUCAACUACAGAAAGCUCAGAUUCCUCUCCUAAUGAACACUUCUCAUAAACUUGGACAACAUAUUAGCGGACAGCAGAUAUUACAACAUUUAGUUAAACAUCAAGGUGGUUCGAUAUCUCAUAUUAUACCUCAAACUAUGAUACCAGUCUCCUCUACUGGUCAACAAACUCAGAUGAUAACUAAAGUUAGUAUCGCAACAACAUCGGCGCCGUCGCAACCCCUAACAGUGUCCGCUUCUCCUAUAACUGUUACGCAAGUACCAGUUUCAGCUGCUCAGAUUCAAGCUAUUAACGUCUCCACGUCACAGGUUACACCGUCUUUAAUUAAAACCUCGGUACCACCAUCUGCUACUAUGCAGGUUCGAACUGUUCCAAGUAGUGUGAACGUAACACAAGUUAAAUCUGCAGCUUUAACACAGAGUUUAGUCUCUCAGCCAAUUCAUGUUCAAACGACACCAACCAUGCAGCAGAUACAAGUAGGAAUUCAGCAGGCUGCUAAUGUUACACAAGUACCAUCUCCAGCAACGACAGUUCAGAUACAACACACAGUUCCUGAUACUCACAUAUCUGUAGCUUCACCUUCUUUACAGUCUGCUGUGGGUGCUCAAUCUGUACCACAACCGGCAGCCGUAACUACCAUAGUAACAAGUCAAUCUCAAGUCAAUCAACAACAACAGCCAGUUAAACAAUAUGGCAUGAGAACUAGAAAUAAUCCUAAAUCAUAAAAUAUGUGAUACUUAAUUUAUAUUAUCAUAAUAACUGUCUUAAGCUACCUAUACACAAGUUAAACUGUUGUGCUGUGCCUGCUGCUACUCUCACUAAUUCAAUGCUAAUGGGAUGGCAGGUUAUCAGUCAACUUUCCGAUUGGCGAAAUUACAUUGAAUAUAACACAGAAUCAGGAUCUGUCAUUCCCACAAAUGCAUUUGGUGUGAGUAGAAUCAUGACAAUAAAACAUAAUGUACAUGCAUGGUUUGCUUGUUUAGUUCAUUGAUACUUUAUUGUCAGAUUAUUGCCAGUCAUUAACCCCAUUAUCACAAAUCAAGGGAUAGAGAGUAUUGAGUACCCGUCUUCAUAAGCCCAGUCAGAGCAGAACAGUAGGACGUUAAACCCCCAUUUCAUUUCAUAAAAUUUGUUUAUUUAGAAUGAUGCAUGUUUUUAAGUCUAUUUACUAACAAAUCCUCAUAAUUGUUCAGACAUUUUACAGUUGAUAAAUCAAUCGGAACUUAAAGGACAAUAUUGGUGUUAGUCAUUUUAAAAUAUGUGAUAGAGCUCGUUAAAUACAUCCCAAAUAUAAUUUAACACAGAGAUCAUUGCUA